CCUCAGCACCUCACUCCCGCUCAAACUGCAGUCAUGGCAGGCGCACAGUCGGACGACGUCGUGUGGGCCGUCAUCGGCGCCGGCGAGGGCUCGUUCUGCUCGUACAAGAUCAAGGCGCCCUCCACCAAGACGCACAUGACCUUCUGCCGGCAACCGAUGAACCUCAGCGGCCAGUGCAACCGGCAAAGCUGCCCGCUUGCCAACGCCAAGUACGCGACGGUCCGUGAGAUCGACGGCGCCAUCUUCCUCUUCGUCAAGACGGCCGAGCGCGCCCACUCGCCUGCGCGCCAGUGGGAGAAGAUCAAGCUCUCGAACAAUUACGAAAAGGCGCUCGCGCAGAUCGACCAGGAGCUGCCGUACUGGAGCAACUUCAUCACGCACAAGGCCAAGCAGCGCCUGACGAAGAUCACGCAGUACCUCAUCAAGAUGCGGCGCAUCAAGCUCAAGGAGGAGGAGCAGCCCAAGCUCGUAGGCAUCAAGAAGAAGACGGAGCGCCGCGAGGCGACGCGCGAGGCCAAGGCGCUGCGCGCCGCCAAGCUGGAGAAGUCCAUCGAGGCCGAGCUGCUGGCGCGGCUCAAGAGCGGCGCGUACGGCGACGCGCCGCUCAACGUCAACGAGGACGUGUGGAACGCGAUCCUGGAGGGCAAGGCGCAGGCCGAGGGCAUCGAGCUGGAGGACGAGGAGAGCGACGAGGAGGACGAGGAGGACCUGCUGGAGGAGGAGUUCGAGGACGAGGAGGGCGUGGGCGACCGCGAGUUCGUCAGCGACGACGAGAGCGAGAGUGACCUCGAGGGCGACUUCUCGGACGACGAGUCAUUAGGCCUGGCCUCCGACUCGGACGCUGAGUCGGGCGAGUCCGACGAGGAGGAGGGCAGCGAGGCUGGCGACGACGGCGACGAGGCCGGGCGGAAGCGCAAGGCGGCGCCGCCCGCGGGCCCGUCCAAGCGGGGCAAGACAGACAAGGCAAAGCCAAAGAAGGGCAAGAAGGGCGGCGCGCGGCUCGAGGUCGAGUACGAGGAGGAGACGGCACCGCUCACACGGGAGCAGCUGGCCAGCUGGUGAGGGGGUAUGGAGUCGGCGCGAAUGCAUCACGUCACGCAGAAACA